AUGCAGCUGGCUUCAGUGUGGCUACCUCUCAGCCUCCUCUUCCUACACCACACUUGGGGCAAAGUAGACGACCAUCAAACAACAGUGUAUCAUCCCGGCACACUAACCAAGGUGACAAUUGAGACAAUUCCGCAAUCAAAGGUCUUCAAGAAUGGAGAACGAUGUGAAUGCAAGUCUCGUCGUAUGAAAAGAUUUAGUGAUCACUAUGUGGGAGACGAGUGUGGCUGUGAUACGACGCCCAAAAGACGGGUUUACACACGAGCCGAGGAGUUGGAGGACGAAAUUGCACGACGUGAAGAUGAAGAGGAGAUAGAACACCUUGAGGCAGAAAUUGAGGCAAGAGAGAGGAGAGAGGAUAAAAAGGCAAAGCGGAUGAGGAACAUCAAUCGGAUACAAAUUCAACUUAAGUAG